AUGACCAUACCGAACUCUGCUCCUGAAGUGGAGGCAGACGUUCCUCAUACGGGAACAGGAUCGAAUACACAUGAUGAUGGAAACGCUUCUCCUACGCGACCGAUCGAUGGCGAUGGCGACACUGCUAUCAAAGACGAGACCGACACCCGCGACGCCACGCCGCAACUCGACGACGACCCCUCCACACUUCGACCAGCACCUCAACCCAGCGCGAAGAGACGAGAGUCUGAAGCUGCGUUGACAUCACCGGAUCCGGUCGCCGAGAAACCCGCCAAAAAGCGCAAGCGAGCACCCUCCCCACCAUGGCAGUUUCCCACGGCCGAGACGACAACGUUGAAGAGCGCAGAUGGUCGACGCGUGUCAGCACGUGUGAACCUGGGAGGUACGCCCGGUUUGAGCGAAGGUGAAGGUCGAGGGCGGAGCGAUAGCCAAUUGUCAGCGCCUCGCUCGAGACCUGCAAGUCCUCCUUGGAAGAAGUUUGGGGCGGAAGGUCCGACAACGAUCAACGUGGACGGCAAGCGUAAGAGCGGUCGUUUCAACAAGGAUGUCGGAGAGACUCCUCCCAAGCGAAUCAGCCCGAGGAGUAAGAAGCAGGUCGAUAUGUUGGCGACAUCCAAGCAGGAGGUGAAGAGCAACGGGAAGAGGCCGGUUGGUCGGCCCCCAAAAAAGCAGGAGAUCGAAGGGAAGUCGACGACUGGCGAGGAUAGACUGGCGAGCUUCACGACGAGUACAAAGAUAAAGGAGCUACAGGCACGGAUUGCUGCUCUUCAACCGACGCGCUCGUUUCCAGCGCCGGAGCCUGUUCCCGCCCGCAAAAAGCCUGGUCCGAAACCUGGAUCCAAGCGGAAGGCGAUGCAGGAUGUCAAGAUGGAAGAUGCGUCUGCUACGACACCGGUGGUCCGCAAGGGUCCUCGUCGAAGCAAUGUGUCGCCAUCGCCUGAAGACUUGACGAAACCCUCGCCCAAGAUUCGACUCCGCUUCAAUACUCCACGAAAAGCGAUCGAUCAUCCGACGCCGAGAGCGAUACCACGGACUCCUGCUCACCCGCCUCAGAUCUCUCUGUAUCAACUUCUGGACGAAUGGGAAUUGAAAGAGUUACAGCAGCCAUACUUGGAGAACGAUCGUGGUCCACCUGAUGCGGAGUACUUCGCUCAGCGGGCUGUAAAGCAGGCUGCCGAGGAAGCUGCAAUGCGAGAGCGGAUAUUGAAAGAGGCUCAACCGGGUGGAGUGCUUAGUCGAGAUCAUCUCAGUUUGUAUCAGGAUGAGCGACAAUUGGAGCCUCCGCAGCAGUAUGGACACCACGACGAUCUUGUCGGGCAUGUGCUCUGGCUGCGGCAGCUUCAGAGGAAAGAAAAGGUUCAGCACCGCGCGCUCGCGAAGAAGAUCGCCUACGAGGCUCUUGACAAGUGGAAGACCAUUCAUGGGCCCACUGAGGAGGAUAUCGUGGCUGAACAGGACAAAAUCUUCCGUCUGGUGGCCAAGCAGGUGUUUGCCGAUAUGAAGGCAAAAUGGGAUUUGGUCGAAGCGCAUGUGCGCGAGGCGAGGAGACAGGCAUACGAAGCUGAGCAGGAAGCAUUGCGAGCGGAGAAAUUGCAGAAGAAGCUCGAGUGGAGUGAGAAUUUGCUUGCCAAACAGCGCGGAGAUGCAGAUGUCGACAGCGAUAUCGACAUACACACGGACAGUACAGGCGAUGUCGAGGGCUCCGAGGAUGAUGACGAGGAUGACGGCGACGAGGAGGAAGGGGAAGAGAACAUGAGCGAUUCUGCAAGCGACGCCGUGCAGGAUGCAGAAGAAGAGGAGGGUGAGAUGGAUGACGAUACAUUGGCGGCAUAUCUGGCUCAGCGGCAGGCCGAACCGCCAGAUAAGAAGGGCGAGGUCGCACAGGAUGAAGACGAGGCCGAAGAUGAAGAUGAAGACCAGGAAAAGAAUGAUGCGCCGAGCGAGGGCGAAACAGAGGAAAAAGUGACUCCUCGAGUCGACGAGCCACGUGGGGAAGGUGAUGACCAAGACAGCAUCGUCCCCGAAAGACGCGUGAGAAAGCGUGGAGCCGCUUCACGUUCUCCUUCCCCCACAAAGGAAGAGCUUCAAGUUGAAGAGCAUCUCUCUUCUGAUGAGUCUACAGACAUGGACUCCGAGGAUUACGAUUCGGAUGAGGACAUGAGCAGUACCGGAGACGAAGCCGACGACAAUGAUAAUGAUGACGAUGAUGGUGACGCUGCAAGCAAUGCGGCCGAUGACGAGCCCGCAAUUAUGCGCAACUCUCUCCUUGCUCUUUACACCCCGAAGGAGCUGUUGCGGGAGAAGGAUGGAGGUCUGCCUACGCCAAUGACCAGCGUUGAGAAUGGUGGCGAUAACGAAAACCCACGUUCUGGAUCCGAGUCGCGGUCAGACAAACAGGCCAAUGCUGGUGCCGGCGAGGAUCAUGACAGCGUCGAUGCUCAGCUCGAUGUCAACGGCGAGUAUUCGCAGGAGGCGACGCAAGCUGCCACUCCAGCCGUCGACGAUGCUUCUCGCCAAGCACCGUCUCCAGAUGAUCCCAAGCAAGACGCCGAGGAAGAUGUCGAGGAGAUGGACGUCGUGGAAGACUUGGGUGCCAAAACCUUGGUCCCUAUUCCGUCCAUGAUGCGCGGCACCCUUCGAUCGUACCAACAUGCGGGUCUCGACUGGCUUGCAUCGCUGUAUCGCAACGGCACCAAUGGAAUCUUAGCAGACGAGAUGGGCUUGGGAAAGACCAUUCAGACAAUCUCUCUACUUGCCCACUUGGCAGAAGCCCACGAGGUGUGGGACACGCAUCUUGUGAUUGUGCCAACAUCGGUUAUCCUCAACUGGGUCACAGAGUUUCACAAAUUUUUGCCCGGAUUCCGCGUUCUAGCAUACUACGGCACUUUUGAAGAGCGAGUGGCCAAGCGAAAAGGAUGGUCGAACGAUCCUCACCACGAAAACAAGGAAAAGAGAGGAUACAACGUGGUCAUCACCAGCUACAAUGUCGCCAUGCAAGACAUCAAUGCCAUUCGCAAUGUUCAGUGGCACUAUCUCAUCCUUGAUGAAGCUCACAACAUCCGAAACUUCAAUAGCCAGCGUUGGCAGACCCUGAUCCGCUUGAGGACAAAAGCGAGAUUACUGUUGACCGGAACACCGCUUCAAAACGACCUCGCAGAAGUCUGGGCAUUGCUGACAUUUCUCACUGCUGGCGACGACGAUCGAUCACAUGGCGAGCUGGAGGAGUUUCUCAGCCACUGGAAAGAUCCAGUCAAGGAGAUCUUUGACCAAGGCGUGCAAAAGAUCUCGGAAAAUGCUCAACGCGUCGUCAACCAAUUGCACGUCUCUCUGCGUCCCUUUUUGCUCCGACGCAAGAAGAUCGAAGUGGAGAAGGAUCUUCCUAAGAAGACAGAGAGUGUGGUUGUUUGCAAGCUCAGCAAGCGUCAGCGCCAGCUUUAUCAGGAUUAUAUGGGUCUUGCCGAGACCAAGGCCUCCCUUGCCAAAGGUAAUGGAGUCCAGGCUGGUGCAGUGCUGCUCAGUCUGAGGCGUGUAUGCAAUCAUCCUGAUCUGUUCGAUCCGAGACCGAUUCAGACAAGCUUUGCCAUGGAUACCAGUCCGCUUGAGAUCUACAGCAGCAAAGAACGGCUUGUAAGGGAGCUUCUCGGCGUGCGCGACGGUCCGCCAAUAGACAUGCUAGUCGCCGGAAACGAGAAUCGCAGCAAAGCGAUACUGAGCAGAGGACGUAAACUCAGCGCUCGUGCGCAGCUACUGCAGGAAGUCAACAAGCUGGAGGCUGUGCCCGCAGGAGACGACCUUGACCCAAGCACCAUUGUUGGCGUUCGAGCAUUGCAGCGUCUCUACGACCGACAACGCAAAGUGCACCAGAUGCGCGCCUGCAUUCAAGCAACGGACUCGGCAUUUGGCAGAACUCCAGUCUACGGAUCUGAUCUGCGGGAGAUUUUGACGAUCAGCACCGGCAGACCGUACAAUUUCAAGUCUCGCCGCCAGCCGACGGUACGAUUCUUGCAAGCCUGGCCAAGUCCUGGUCGCCGACCACUCAGAUUGGAUCAUCCCAGUGAUUGGAGUGCCGUGGCGACGACACGCCUGCAAGCGGACAUCGCAACUUACGACAAGUAUGCCGAGAGACUCAAGGACACCGUUGUGAGAUUCACCUUCGUUCCGCCUGCUGCGACCGUUCCCAUCCUAGACUAUGCUAUUCCGCCACAAUUGCAAGAGGCUCUCCGGGCAUCUCCCUCAUAUCCCGUCGAAGAAGACUGGGGUCACGAAGCUCGCGUACGCGCUAGCAUUGCGUUCCCGGACUCACGUUUGCUCAUCUACGAUUCUGGAAAACUGCAACGUCUGACCUACCUCCUGCGAGAGCUGCAAUCAAAGGGCUCACGAAGUCUGAUCUUCACCCAAAUGACCGGCACGCUCAACAUCCUCGAGCAGUUCCUGAGCUUGAUGAACCUACCAUAUCUCCGCCUGGACGGUAGCACUCCGGUCGAGCGACGACAAAUCAUGUCCGCCGAAUUCAAUCGACCAGACUCCAAGUACCAAUGCAUGAUCCUUUCGUCUCGCGCUGGUGGUGUCGGACUCAAUUUGACCGGCGCGUCCUCCGUCAUCUUCUACGACCUCGAUUGGAACCCUCAGAUGGACCGACAAUGUAUGGACCGCGCUCAUCGUAUUGGUCAAGUCCGUGACGUCGAAGUGUACAAAAUGGUCAGCGAAAAGACGGUCGAAGAGAACAUUCUCCGACGCGCCAAUCAGAAGAGUUUGCUUGAUCAGACGGUCAUCCAGGAUGGACACUUCACGACUGAAUACCAGCAGCCCACUCGCCAAGAUACUCCUGACGAUGAUAAUGGCAACGACGAGGUCGCAGUCGCCAUCGAGCGCUUCCUCGGCGGGGAGGAAAAGACCACGACCCAAGCGUUGGAAUCUGUCGAGGAUCGGGAAGACGUGCUCGCUGCGCAGCAGGCCCGCAAGGAGGACCUGCAAGACGACGUCGACUUCGCCGAGCGGUCGAGCAAAGGUCCUUCGAAAGCCAAUACACCUGGUCCGAGCGGCGGCGUGGCUGAGGGUGAAGUCGAUGAGCUCAAAGGUCAUGUGGACCGAUUCAUGAUCAAGAAUAUGGAAUGGAUGCUGAAGGAUUGGGUCUAUGUACCGCCGCCGGUCAGGAGAUUGGACAAACAUGGAAGGGAUCCGAGCCAUCGGCCGAAGAGGAAGCGGUAG